AGAGAGGGAGAGAGAGAGACAGAGAGACCAAAAAAGGGCAUGGAGCUAAAAUGGUGACAUGAAGUAUCUGAACGCUUCAAAUCUGAGAAGAACCUGUUUUCCAAAAGAUGAGAGGAAUGGCAUAUGGGAACUUGCAAGCCAACGGGUUGCUUGAAGUUACUGGUUUUUCUGCUUCGGUUUCAGAAGCAAGGUGCAAGAAAGGAGGUAACUGUGCAAGCAAUGAACCCAUCUCUGUCCUGGACACAAUAAGAAGUCCCAGCCCUUCCACUUCAACAUCAACCUUCUCGUCCUCUUUUGGCGGCACCAACGGUGGUGGUUCUGGUUCAACAGACAACACGGCCGGCCUUGCGGCGGUUUCCAACAACUCUACCCAACAAAAAUGGCUUGGGACUUUGCCGCCGGAGGCUAAUACGGUGCCUGUGAAUGAAACUGCCACUGCCGGAAGUGAUGGUGGUUGCCGGAAGGAAGAGUGGGCGGCAGAGCUCCAGUCUAUUCCGGCUGGCCUAGAGGUGGGUCCUGGAGGGUCCGACAGAUUUGGGCUUGGAUUGGAAGAUUGGGACAGCUUGUUGGCCGAAUCUGGCCAAGAGCAGUUUCUUCUCCGGUGGAUUUCUGGAGACGUCGACGACGCGUCGUUUACUUUGAAGCAAUUGUUGCAGAGUGAAAAUCCUAAUGAGAUCGAUCGCAAUGUCGCUUCAAGUAUUGUCGAUCAGUGCUCUAGAUUUGAAACCUCGGCCAUAACAAGCGUUUCUUCUGCCUUAGCUGUUUCGGGUUCUCAAAACUCUCUGAACCACAACAGAAACAACGGGAAAAGUGGUCUAGUCCCAAAUUCUUUGGAUUUCAACAACAAUGAAAACCCACAGAACUCCAAUUUCUCUCCGUCACCUGGCAAUUUAGCCAUGCGUCCUGGUACUACUUUUCAACAGCAACACCAUCGGCAAUUUUCUGUCCCAGAACAAAAGCUUCAAAGUUUACAGGGUACUACGAUGCUUAACCCUUUUUUAUAUGGUACAAAACAAGUGCAACAAAUUCAACCUCACCCAAAGCGUCACAACCCGGGUAUUGCAAACUCAAGCUCUCAGAUACCAAAAGUGUCAUUUCUCGAUCAGGAUUAUGAGUUUUUGCUCAGAAAACAACAGCAGUUGCCUCAAAUGCAGCAACCCCAUCAUCUGGGUUUGGCUCAACUUCUCAAUCUGCUCCCUCAACAUUUUCAGCAGAAGCCAUUUAUGGUGCCAAAGCAGGAGACACUGAGUGGUGGCGGUGGCGAACAGUUGGUUGCCCACCAUCACCAGGAGCAACAGGUAAUAUAUGACCAGCUCUAUAAGGCUGCAGAGCUCAUAUUGGCUGGGAAUUUCUCACACGCGCAAGGGAUAUUGGCGCGGCUCAAUCACCAGCUCUCCCCCGUUGUAAAGCCCUUUCAAAGGGCUGCUUAUUACUUCAAGGAGGCUCUCCAAUUGCCCCUCCUUUUACCCAACCCACCCACCUUUCUGGCCCCUAGGACUCCAACACCAUUCGAUGGCUUGUUCAAGAUGGGUGCUUAUAAAAUGUUCUCUGAAAUUUCACCGCUUAUUCAUUUCAUGAAUUUUACAUCCAACCAAGUCUUCCUUGAGGCUCUUGGUGAUGCUGAGCACAUUCACAUUAUAGACUUUGACAUUGGGUUUGGUGCACAGUGGUCUUCUUUUAUGCAGGAGCUUCCUAGGGGGAACAGAGGCGCCCCGUCAUUGAAAAUUACUGCCUUUGCUUCUCCUUCAACCCACCACCCUGUUGAGCUUGGCCUAAUGCAUGAAAAUUUAACCCAAUUUGCUAAUGAUAUUGGAGUUCAUUUUGAGCUUGAAGUGGUUAACUUUGAUUCGUUUGAUCCAAAUUCUUAUUUAGUGUCCUCUUUUGAGAACGAGGCAAUUGCUGUGAAUUUCCCUAUCUGGUCCACUUCCAGUCAUCUGUCUGUGCUUCCCUCUAUUCUUCGUUUUAUAAAACAGCUCUCGCCAAAAAUUGUGGUGACUUUGGAUCAUGGUUGUGGACGGGCUGAGCUCCCCUUCUCACACUACCUUCUCCAUGCCCUUCAAUACUAUGAGGUCCUUUUAGAUUCUAUUGAUGCUGCUAAUGCCACUGCAGACACUGUGAACAACAUUGAAAGGUUCCUUUUCCGGCCUAGGAUUGAAAGCAUUGUGUUGAGGUGCCUCCAAGCACCAGGCCAAUUUCCCUCUUGGAGAAGCCUCUUUGCCUCUGCAGGGCUAUCACCUGUAGCAUUCAGUAGUUUUGCCGAAACUCAGGCUGAACAAGUGGUGAGGAGGACCCAGGUUACAGGCUUUCAUGUAGAAAAGCGCCAGGCAUUCCUUGUCCUAUGCUGGCAGCGUGGGGAGCUUAUGUCAGCCUCGGCCUGGAGGUGCUGAAGAACCGCAAGAUAUCAAGCGAGAAGAUUGGUUUUUAGCAGCACAAUUUAUUCACAGAGGUUACAAUGUUCUCUACUCUUUGAUGUUAAGGCAAUAAAUUUUGAACUAUGUUUGUGCCACCUCUUUGAUGGGUUAAAUUGUGUAAAUUUUCCUGCUUGUAAUUCUCCUCUAUUUAUUAUGUAUCUUGAGUAGACUCUAGACUGACUAUUUUCCAAGAAAAACAUCAUAUUAACUGCAAAGUUUAGUAGUUUUAUUU